UGGGGGCCGUCACUUCGGAGUUGGGGCUGAGCAGUCCUCGCGGGAGAGUGUGCCAAGACCGCUGCAGCCGCUGGCCGAGUUAAGACCAUCCACAGUAAUGGCUGCGGCCUUACCCAGGACCCUGGGGGAGUUGCAGUUGUAUAGAAUAUUACAAAAAGCCAAUCUGCUGUCUUACUUUGAUGCCUUUAUUCAACAAGGUGGUGAUGAUGUCCAGCAGCUCUGUGAAGCUGGAGAAGAGGAAUUCUUGGAAAUCAUGGCACUCGUGGGCAUGGCUAGCAAACCCCUUCAUGUCAGAAGGCUACAGAAAGCUUUGAGAGACUGGGUUACAAACCCUGGCCUUUUCAAUCAGCCACUGACUUCCCUGCCUGUCAGUAGCAUACCCAUCUAUAAGUUACCAGAGGGAUCACCAACGUGGCUGGGGAUAUCCUGCAGCAGUUAUGACAGGAGUAGCAGUGCCCGGGAACCUCACUUAAAAAUCCCCAAGUGCGCUGCCACCACUUGUGUGCAGAGUUUGGGACAGGGGAAAUCAGAUGUGGUGGGGAGCUUAGUGCUGCAGGGUAUCGGGGAGUCCAGACUCUGGCAAGGCCACCACGCCACUGAGAGCGAGCACAGCCUCUCUCCGGCAGACCUUGGCUCCCCGGCUUCCCCGAAGGAAAGCAGCGAGGCCCUGGACGCUGCCGCCGCGCUGUCUGUGGCCGAGUGUGUGGAGCGGAUGGCCCCCACGCUGCCAAAAAGUGACUUGAAUGAAGUGAAAGAGCUGCUAAAAACCAACAAGAAGUUGGCCAAAAUGAUCGGGCACAUCUUUGAGAUGAGUGACGAUGAUCCACACAAAGAGGAGGAAAUUCGAAAGUACAGUGCAAUAUAUGGCAGGUUUGACUCCAAGAGAAAGGAUGGGAAACAUCUCACGCUUCAUGAGCUCACUGUUAAUGAAGCGGCUGCUCAGCUCUGUGUGAAGGAUAACGCCCUGCUGACGAGAAGAGAUGAACUGUUUGCCCUGGCUAGGCAGAUUUCUCGAGAAGUCACCUACAAAUAUACCUACAGAACCACCAAGUCAAAAUGUGGAGAAAGAGAUGAAUUAUCUCCGAAGAGAAUUAAAGUGGAGGAUGGAUUUCCAGAUUUCCAGGAUUCUGUGCAGACACUCUUCCAGCAGGCUAAAGCUAAGAGUGAAGAACUUGCUGCUCUUAGUUCACAGCAGCCUGAAAAGGUGAUGGCAAAGCAGAUAGAGUUCCUUUGCGCCCCAGCUGGCUGUGAGAGACUGCAGCAUGCUGAGAGAAGACUGUCCGCGGGGCUGUACAGGCAGACGUCGGAAGAGCACAGCCCUAACGGCCUGGCUGCUGACAGCUCUGACGGACAAGGAGAAAGACCUUUGAAUCUCCGAAUGCCUAAUUUACAGAACAGACAACCCCAUCAUUUUGUGGUGGAUGGAGAGCUGAGUAGACUUUAUCCCAGUGAGGCAAAGUCCCAGUCAGAGAGUCUUGGGAUUUUAAAAGACUACCCUCACUCAGCUUUUACUUUAGAAAAGAAAGUCAUCAAAACAGAGCCUGAAGAUUCAAGAUAGCUGUGAUUCUCCCACUGUUCUCUGGAAAUGGCAUUCAGUUUAAGGAUAAUAAUGCUCCAUCAUAGAAAUAAGCCUUAAUAACCAACGUUGCCUCAUUCAGCUCAAACAGAUUUCAUAGCCAAAGCAUAAGGAUUGAUACAGUAGUCUGUGGAAACCAGGAAGACAAAACAACAGCCACAAAAGAGAAAAUUGAGAGAAUGUUGCAAUCUGUAACAGAGAUAUUGAUCCAUUCACAUUCCUGUGUAAGUCAUUUUACGUGGAAAAGCUUACAAAUUAAUAUUGUAAGCAUUCAUUAUUUAAGAAUGUACAAUGUAUUUGUGUAAUUUAUAGAAGUAAAAGCUAGAUGUGGAGACCUGUUUGGUCCAAUAGAUGUGGAUACAGUUUAUUUUACUUGAAAUUUCACUGUCUACUUUUAAGUGUAUUUAGCAUAGAUAUUAUUAUUUGUUAGAGUUUAGAUCUUUGCAGUCAUAAAGAAAGUUUAAGUGAUGUAGUUAUUGGCAAGGUUGCAAUGACUUUGGAAAAAUGGAAAGCAAAUGGCUUAAUUUAAACCAAGAAAAAUAUUGUGUAUUUAAUAUUUGAUAAAACUGAUUUUAAUAGGAAAUGUGUCUUUUUUAGUAGUAAAAUGUCACUUUUGCUGGCUUAAUCAGGCACAUUUAUGCAAUUAAUAAGUACUAAAGUAAGUUUAAAAAUGGGCACUAGAGUAGCAAAUCUCUUAGUCGACUCAGAUUGCAUUAUAUCAUUGUAUCGUAACAAAAAUAGGAAGCUAUUACUUGGACAGAGUAUUUGAAACAAGUGAACUGAUGUGUAAAAGCCUUGACUUAAACAUUGUUAUUUAAGAAUGUGUUAAAUAGAUUAAGGCAUAAUAAGUUAACCCCAAAUGUGAUAAGGAUGGUGACUAGUAAAAAGGCUAUAAUAUAUAAUAUUAUAGAGUAAGAACCAUUUUAUAUCCAGAAAUUCUUUUUUAUGUCCUAGAUAAAGUCUGAGAAAGUAGGUGGCUCUCCCUGGGGAAUGUCUCACCACCCAGACCGUAACAAGUGUGGACAAUCACUACAUCCACAUUUGCAGGCAUAAUUCUGUGGACAUUUAGUUGACACCUGUAUUUGUUAUUUAUUUUACAAUUUUGUGGACCUUUCAUAUUUGUGUCUGCAGUUUUUUUCUUAAAAUUCAUUUUAGCUUGAAAGUAUGUUUUAAUUUCUUCCCCCUAAUUAGUGGGCUGUGUGCAUAUUUAUGGGGGUGUGCUUAAAUG